AUGUAUCAAAAACUUUUUGGAUUAUUUAAACAAUUUCAAUAUUUUACAAAAACAAAAAUUUUAUUAUUUUUAUUAUUUAUAGGGAUUUAUACUUUAUUCAUGAAUAUAUGGUCAUUAACAAAAUUUAAUUCUUUGCCAAAAUUAAAUUUUAUUCAAUUUAAUGAAUUUAAACAAAUUCAUCAUAAUCAAAUGAAUAAAUGUUCAAUACCAUAUAUGAAUUUAUGGUCAAAUCAUUUUCAGAAUAUAAAUAAAACUAAAAUCAAUUUACCAAAAUGUAAACAAACUAAUUUAUUUAAAUUAUAUAAUUUAUCAAAUCAUAUAAUUAGUAUCCAUGAUUAUUUAUCAUUUCAUUUGGGAAAAUUAACAAUUCAUCAUUAUCAUCAUAAUGAUAGUAAUAAUACAAUAAGACUUAAUUCUAGCUUAGUAACAUGUUCAUUAUUUCCAAUAAAACGUUUAAAUGAUUAUCAAUCAAUCUAUUUAAAUGUUAUUGAACAAAUUGAUGAUGGUUAUCAAUCAUUAUGGCCAAUGUUUAUGGUAAUAUGUCAACCAAAACAAAAUAUAUUACUUAUACAAUCUAAUAUUAAUUUGAAUUAUUAUUAUAAAUUAGAUCAAAUUGAACGUUUAUUUAUAUGUGGUUCAUAUUAUACAAAUAAAAAACAAAAAAAAUCUAUUUGGCCAGUAACUAAGAGAAAACAAAAAAAUUUAAUGUAUAAUAUACUACUAUUAGGUAUAGAUUCUAUAUCACGUUUAUCAGCUUAUAGAUAUUUAACAAAAACAAUUCAAUUUCUUUAUAGUAUUAAUGAAAGUACAAUUAUAAUGAAUUUAUAUAAUGUAAUUGGUGAUGGUACUACAGUGAAUUUAUUAGGAUUAUUAACAGGACAAUUAGAAACAGAAUUACCUGAAUCAAGAAAAUCCCAUCUAAAUAAUAUAAAAUUAAAUCAAUUGGAUAAUUAUACAAUAUUAGAUAAUUAUCCAUGGAUAUGGAAAGAAUAUUCAGAUUAUGGUAAUUAUGUUACACAUUAUAUUGAAGAUACACCAAAAUGGGGUACAUUUCAACAUAGAUUAUGUGGUUUUGGAUCAAUGAAUAAUCCAACAACUAGUUAUGGACGUCCAUGUUUAAUAGCAGCAAGUCAAGAAGAAAAUUAUUCUGGAAAAAUUCUUGGAUGUACAAUGUCAAGAUAUACACAUCAAGUUCUUUUAGAAUCUCUUACGGAAUUUUUCGAAACCUAUUCAGACAGACCUCGUUUCAGUUUAACAUUCUUAAGUGAAUUAAUACAUGAGAAUCCAGCAUAUGCUAAACUCAUAGAUGAAGAUUUAUCGAAAUUAAUUCAACGUAUUUACUAUGAAGAUUUGAUGUUCAAUAGUGGAAAUAUGAAGGCAUCAAGAAGCUCAAGUUAUCCAUUUGCGAACACAUUGGUAGUAUUAUUCUCUGAUCAUGGACCACGUAUGGGUGAUGCACGACUUUCAGUUCAAGGUAAAUUAGAAGAAAGAUUACCAUUUAUGUCAAUUAUUGCACCUAAAAUGUUUCGAGAAAAAUGGUCUAAUCAAUGGGCUAAUAUAAAAAAUAAUCAAAAUAGAUUAAUCACUUUAUUUGAUAUACAUGCAACAUUACGUGAUUUAUUAAUUAAUCAAUUAAAAUUUAAUAAUAAUAAUAAUAAUGAAAAUAAUAAUAAUAGUAAUAAUAAUAAUGAAAAUAAUAAUAAUAGUAAUAAUAAUAAUAAUAAUAGUAAUAAUAGUAAUAAUAAUAAUAAUAUUAAAACAAUAAAUCAACUUUAUAUGAAUUGGCAAAUGAAUCCUUCACAUGGAUUAUCUUUAUUUAAUCCAAUACCAUUAAAUCGUAAUUGUGAUGAUGCUUAUAUUAGUUCACAUUGGUGUGUUUGUUUAAAUUGGAUUAAAUUAGAAAAUAAUAAUAAUGAACUGAUUAUAAAAUGUACAAAUGUAAUUAUUAAUAAAAUUAAUCAAAUAAUUAUUAAAUAUAAACCAAAUUUAACUAAAAAUGGACAAUGUUCAAUGAUUAAAUUACAUCAAAUUGAAUCAGUAGAACAAGCUAUACUACCACAAGAUAUGGUUCGAUUUAUUCGCAGCCAAGAUGAAGACGGACGUAUACCAAUGUUUGAAGAACAAUAUUCUUCAACAUGGUCAUUACUAGAUUGGAUUAAACAAUUCAAUAUAUUUAAUAGCAAUAAUAAUAAGAACAAUAUUUUCAAUUAUGAUUCCAAUCAUGAAAGUAUACUUUUACGUAUACAUAUUAUAGUACAACCUGAAUAUGCACAUUUCGAAGCUACUGUUAAAGUGAAUAUAACACAACAUUCAUUGAAUCAUUUUCAUGUAAUGGAUAUAAGUCGAAUUGAUGUCUAUGAACAACAUAAUUGGUGUUUAUCAGAUAAUGAGUGGGCAGAAACUAAACAAUAUUGUAUAUGUACAAAAUACACCUAAAAAUUUAUGUAAUUGUGAAUCAAUUGAAAUGCAGCAUAUACUUUCUUACGUACUUACGCCUGUUACUCCCAAUGCAACAUAGACCACCCAACAGCAUUUUCCAACACACUCUGUCCUUAGCCUUCCUUUCUAGUUCUAUGCAAUUCUUGUUCAUUCUUGUCAUAUUUGUUUCCAUUUCUCGGCGUCAUGUGUUCUUUGGUCUUUCUCUCCUCCUUUGGCCUCCAGGAUUCCAUAUGAGGGCUUGCCUUGUGACGCAGU